AUGCAGCCACAGGCGCGCCCCAGCAGACGCUCAAGGGUUUCACGCAUAAUCUCGCAUUCGACAUAUGUUCUAGAAAUCGACUCCUCACUGAUUUCGGCGCUGUAG